AUGGCGAACCAGACUGGACGGGCUUCUGCGGCCCAAGAUCGGUUGAGCCAGGUUGGAGAUCACAUCACCGCCACAGGAUCCCAAAUCCCCAAGGGACGAGCAGCCCUCUUAGAAAAGGGACCAGACGAUAUUGUGGUUACAUGUGCCCUCCGUACACCUAUCUGUAAAGGCGGCAAAGGCCUCCUCAAAGACACCGCCGCCGCCGACCUCCUCGUGUCAGCCUUCACUUCGCUGCUCCAACGCUCGAACAUCGACCCCGCCCUAGUCGAAGACAUAGCCGUCGGGACAGUUCUUGCCCCGGGAGGUGGAGCAACAGAGUUCAGAGCCGCGGCGUUGGCCGCUGGGUUCCCGGUGACGGCCGCGGUGAAGAGCUUGAACCGGCAAUGUUCGAGUGGUCUGCAGGCGUGUGUAGAUAUUGCGAAUGAGAUCAGAGCGGGCGUAAUUGAUAUCGGUAUUGGUGCGGGUGUAGAAAGUAUGAGCACGCAGUAUGGCCCCCAAGCCGUCACGGAAUUCUCCGAGCUCCUCGAAUCCCACAAAGAAGCCGCCAACUGCAAAGUCCCCAUGGGCGUUCUCUCGGAAGCCAUGGCGAAGUCCAAAUCCAUCCCCCGCAGCGCCCAAGACGCCUUUGCCGCCUCCUCCUUCCAAAAAGCCGUCGAAGCCCAGAAACAGGGCCUCUUCGACCAAGAAAUCGCCCCACUAACCGUCAAAUGGACCGACCCGAAAACCGACGAGGAGAAAACCAUCACCGUCUCCAAGGACGACGGCAUCCGCGCCGGCAUCACCGCCGAGUCGCUCGCCAAGAUCCGCCCGGCCUUCGCCAAAGACGGCAGCAUCCACGCCGGCAACGCCUCCCAGAUCUCCGACGGCGCCGCCGUCGUGCUGCUCAUGACGCGCGCGACCGCGCUGAAGCUCGGCCAGCCCAUCCUCGGCAAGUUCGUGCAGGCGUCCGUCGUUGGUGUGCCGCCGCUGCUUAUGGGCGUUGGGCCUGCAGCCGCGAUUCCGGUCGUGCUGGCGAAAACGGGCCUCGAUAAGGGUGAGGUCGAUAUCUAUGAGAUCAAUGAGGCGUUUGCGAGUCAGUGUUUGUACUGUAUUAACGAGUUGGGCUUGGAUCAGAAAAAGAUUAACCCCAAGGGCGGCGCGAUCGCGUUCGGGCAUCCGCUGGGGUGUACGGGGGCGAGGCAGGUUAGCACGCUGCUUUAUGAGUUGAAGCGGAGGGGCGAGCAGGUGGGCAUGACGAGUAUGUGUAUUGGGACGGGGAUGGGCAUGGCGGCGGUGUGGGUGGCUGAGUAG